AUGGAAAAUUCCUGUAGGAUUGUCGAAGGUCAUUAUCAAGUAGACUUGCCAUUAAGGAAUCCAGCAGUCCAGCUUCCGGACAACUUGCAAAUGGCGAGUAAUCGACUACGGGGACUACAGAAGAAGAUGAAGAAGAAUCCACAGUUCAAAGAAGACUACAUCGCCUUUAUGGAAGAUAUAAUUGGUAAGGGCUACGCGGAAGAAGUAUCUAAUGGCGACAAUACAAAGGGGGGGGGCCAAUCGUGGUAUAUUCCUCACCAUGGGGUGUAUCACCCUCAGAAAAGGAAAAUUAGGGUGGUAUUUGACUGUGCGGCAAAGUUUAUGGGAAUUUCUCUGAAUGACGUACUGCUACCGGGUCCUAAUCUUAUGAACAACCUACAGGGGGUUUUAAUGCGCUUCCGUCAAUAUUCAGUGGCAGUCUCAGGAGACAUCGAGACUAUGUUCUAUCAAGUAAAGGUGCCAGCAGAACAGAGGGACUUGCUGAGGUUUUUGUGGUGGACCAAAGGGGACUUCAGUCAUCAACCCAAGAUAUUCAGAAUGACAGUACACCUGUUCGGUGCUGGGUCUUCGCCAUCGUGUACCAAUUAUGGGUUGCAGAAAACCGCAACAGACAACAAGUGUGAAGUUAGCAUAAAGGCUGUAGAAACGGUAAAACGGGAUUUCUAUAUGGAUGACGUAUUGAAAUCCGUAGAAACCAUAGAAGAAGCCAAGAAUUUGGUUAAUGAAUUGAAAACCUUGUCCAAUCGGGUACAACUUAUCAGGGAAGCAACCAGUCUAUCCCAGUGGCAUCAUGUGAGCACAAGGGAGAAUCCAGCAGAUAUGACUUCCAGAGGCGUUAAGAGAACACAAGACUUGAUAAAUGGCAUCUGGUUCAAGGGACCAGAUUUCUUGUGGCAAUCAGAAUCAGAGUGGCCGAGAGAUGUGUUAAUAGACUUAGACGUGGUGGAUGUGGAAAUGAAAUCAAGCUUCACCAUAGUAGAGGCUGGAGAUAAGUCAGUGGUUGACAUGUUGGUGUCCAAAAUCUCAAAUUGGAAGAAGAUGAAAAGAGUGAUGGCUUGGGUUUUGAUUGCUAAACAGAAGUUCUUGACCAAGAUUCGACCGAACGCAGGGGUUGUUGCCGGCAGAAGUUGCGUUGUACAAGAUCCUGGGCAACCGACAGUAGAGUUAUUAAACAGAGCCGAGGAAUUUAUUUUGAAGGAAGUGCAAUCUAGUGCCUUUGAAAGAGAGAUUAAGGAGCUUGAGGCUGGAAAUACUGUGAGCAAGACCAGCGUAUUGUUCAAAUUCAACCCAAUAAUAGGUGAGGGUGGAUUGGCAAGAGUUGGAGGAAGAAUAAGCCAGGCAGACGUAGCGUAUGAGGCAAAGCAUCCUGUGUUCCUUCCCAAGAAUUCAAGUGUGGCAGAGAUGAUCGUGAGAGAGAUUCAUAAAGAUGUUGGUCAUCUCGGGAAGAAUACCAUUCUGGAAAUACUCAGAGAGCGGUACUGGCUCUUUGGAGCGAAUGGGAUAGCAAAGAAGGUCGCCAGAGAAUGUGUAACAUGCAAGCGUUACCAGGUUAAGCCAUGUGAACAAGUGAUGGCAGAUUUGCCUUCUAAUAGAGUCCAGGCAGAUGGAGCACCUUUUGAAAAUGUUGGCGUGGACUAUUUUGGUCCGCUGAUGGUGAAGAGAGGCAGAUCAGAGGUCAAACGAUACGGAGUAAUUUUUACCUGCCUGUCGUCUCGAGCCGUCCAUCUUGAGGUAGCGCAUAGCCUGGACACUGAUUCAUGCAAUAAUUCAAUCAGAAGAUUUAUGGCAAGAAGAGGACCUGUGUUAACCAUUACAUCCGACAAUGGAACCAAUCUGGUUGGCGCGGAAAAGGAAUUGAGAGAGAUGUGGAAGAAGAUUGAUCAAGCCAAGAUGAAGGGUGUACUCAAUAAUGUUGGGAUUGAUUGGAUCUUUAACCCACCAACAGCAUCCCAUUUUGGUGGAGUGUGGGAGAGGAUGAUUAGGUCAACUAGGAAGAUCCUAUACAGCAUCAUGGGAGAUGAAGCACGUUUACUUGAUGAUGAGGCGCUAGUAACCUUUGACAACGACAUUUACGGAUCCAGGGGAUAUGUUGCCUUUAACUCCCAAUAUGCUGAUAAACCCCAGAGGAAGAGUUAUCCAUUCACCAGGAGUUUUUGUGAGUAA